AUGGUGGAUUUUACUUACAGUUCAAAUAAUGCAAGAUCUCUAUUUGAUUUAUGCAACGAAUUAAUUGCUAUUAGGCCUAGAUAUACUGACAGAUCAAUUUAUUCGAAUGAUACUCUUUUUAAUGAAUUUAUUGAUACAUUCUGUCGUCAUUGUAUACGUUCAACAGCAAAUAAUUAUGAUGCUUCGGAAAGUAUUUUUAUGUGGCUUUUAAAGCAAUAUUUACAAUAUUUAUUACCAAUUGAUGAACAACGUUUAGCACAACUUAAAAGUGGAAAUUGGUUUUCUGGUGGGGGCUUAUCAGCGUCUUCUUCGUCUUCUUCUCUUUCACAAAUGCCUACAUCUCCCGUGACUUCUCCACGUCGUUUACUUCGACCUGAAGUUUUGGCUGCCUCUUCGCCAUUAGAACAUAUUCCUUUACGUUCUGGAUCUAUUCGUACUCUUUACCCACGAAUGUUACAAUUUGUUGUUGGUAUUGUUAAUCAAUUGGCUUCUCUUUCAAAUUGGCCCAGUGUUGCACAAUUCCAAGUUCUUCGUAAUGUCCUCAAUCAUUACAAUGAGUUUAUUUUGAGUGAAACGGAGGAUGCAGAAUUUGGUUCUCUCAAACUUCUUUUGCUCAGAAAACCUUUAUUUAAUGCUUUAUUACAUAAUUUUUUGGAAAGAUUACUAAAAAAUUGGCCACUUGGCGAUAGUUAUUGUUUACUUAUAGAUAUCUGGCUUGUCCUCGUCUCUCCAAAUCUGACAUUUACACAUCGCCAAAAACAAAAUGGAACUCUAAUGGAGAUGAAAUGCUCUGAUGAGAAACGCCGUCUCUUUUCUGAAUCAUCAGUUAAUUAUUUUGUUGAAUUAAUUGAAGUACAAAUACGUCGACUUUUGGAUUCUGGCUGUGCACAGAUUAUUGAAACCCCUGUUUUGGAUUUUCUCAAAACUGAGGUUUUUCAAAAUGAACCGCUCAUUGGAGUAUUUGAACAACAUGACCUACCUACUUUGGAGUAUCUACGAGCUAUUGUGGUUAAACUUGUUCGUUAUCGGGAUGAAUACCAGAAUAAAUGUAAAAAGAUUCAAAAACACCAAUCAAGCACAUUUUGGGCACUUUUCUUUCGUUGGAUAUUUAAUAUCACAGAAACUCCACCGAUUGAUAUGCAAUUAUUGGAACGUCAAAUAAUUGAAAUUCAAAGAUUAAUAAAUUGGUUAAUUGAAAAAAUGGGUGGAAGAAGAAAAAUUUUUAGAGAAGAAAGUGAUAUUAGUAGUUUAUUUCAAUCUAAAGAAGAAAUUAAACCUUCACAACACUCUUUACUUCGUCCAGAGGAUCCAGAUCAUUCGGUUGAUCCAUGGACAAAAAUGCUAUUUUUAACACCACAUGGACGUUUACAGGUAAUAAAGAUGUUGAUACUUGUUUAUUGA